AUGGACGAGUCUUUACCAAACGCCACAGAGGUCGCCCCGGAGAAAGAAGGCCUCCUCAAACGAAUCUUAGAGGAGCUCGGCCUUGUCUCUAUGUAUGCCUCCUCGCGAGACGUUAAGCUACUAUGUCUUCAACGCUUCGUUCGUAUGUUCGCGUAUGGAAUCUCGACACUUAUUUUGGUCGCGUACCUGGACGCUCUCGAGAUCCGCAAGACAGAGAUUGGCCUCUUCAUGACUUUGACCUUGGUUGGCGAUACCUGUCUCAGCUUCUUUCUCACGUUGUUCGCCGACGCGUUGGGUCGGAGGGCUAUUCUUGCGUUCGGUGCCAUUCUAAUGAGCGCUAGCGGAGUUGUAUUUGCGUUGUUUGGGACGUAUUGGGUGCUUCUAAUUGCUGCUGUCAUUGGUGUCAUCAGUCCAAGCGGCAAUGAGAUCGGACCCUUCCGGGCCAUCGAAGAAAGCAUUGUUGCCCAGCUUACCGAUCCUAAGAAGCGAAGCGACGUCUAUGCCUGGUACAGUCUCUUGGGACUUGUAGGUACGGCAUGUGGCUGCAUGGUUUGCGGGUGGAUUCUUCAAUACCUUACCGGAACUCUCCAAUGGGAUUUCAUUCGAUCAUAUCGCGCUAUUUACGUUGGAUAUGCGAUCCUUGGUCUAGUGAAGCUUACCUUAACAGUCCUCUUGAGCUACUCUGUGGAAUCGGAGAAGAAGCAGCUCCAGCGUCGCCAGAGAGACGACGAGACAAGGCCGCUUCUGGAAAGCAAUGCGGAGUCUACUCCUGCGCCUAAGCGCGGGCUGCGUUAUUUGCUCCCAGACGUCAGCAAAGAGAGUGUCCCCGUGGUUAUCACGCUGUGCCUUCUCUUCGCCCUGGACUCGUUUGGAUCUGGGCUAGCUCCACUAUCAUGGAUCACAUAUUAUUUCAAAUAUCAGUUCAACAUCGAAGAAGGGAAACUAGGCUCGAUCUUCUUCGUCACCCAGAUACUCGCUGGAGCUUCCAUGAUUGUUGCCUCUUCUCUGGCUAAGAGGUUUGGUAACGUGAACACAAUGGUAUUCACACACCUCCCCUCACAAGUCUUCCGCGCCCUCAUCGGUAUCCCUAGCGAUCUACACCUCGCUUUGGUCUUCCUCGUCCUCAACUCCAGUACGCAAUCUAUGGACAGCGGACCCCGCUCCGCAUUCCUGGCCACCAUCGUGCUACCCAGAGAGCGGACGGCGGUCAUGGGCACAGUAAAUGUAGUGAAAACCACAGCCCAGAGCCUAGGACCAAUCCUGACCGGGUUCCUGGUUGAUCGAAACCUGUUCUGGGUAUCCUUCGUCGCAUCGGGAUGUCUAAAGAUCGCGUACGACAUAGGCCUACUCGCGUUUUUCAAGGAGAAAGAGAGGGAGAGGGAACGGGCCGAGAGGCUUAGGAUCCAAGGAGACGAUGAGUAA